AUGGAGAGGGAGUUGAUUUCUCGUGCUUUGCUUUGGGCUUUCCCAAAAUGCCUCAUACUGAUAGAGAUUCAUACUGAUAGAGAUGNGUUUGAAGGUUCUGUUAAGUACAAAAAUUGGCUUGGAUAUGGGGAUUUAUGGGAUGGCUCUUUGGCAUACGGUCCUAAUCAAACAUCUGAGGUGAGUACCGGUGUUUAUUUCCCGAGGCUGAAGCGAUCAGUGACUCCUUUGGUGGCACGGCUAUCCCUACUUUCCCAAGAUUGGUUAGAGUUUUCAUCUUACAAAGAACGGUCUUUAGGUCUUUCCCUUGGCCUAUAUUCAACAAAGUAUCAUGAUUUGGCAUACAGCCUUGGAUGGCGCACCAUAAUCGACCCUUCACAGAUGGCGUCUAAUUCGAUAAGGAGACAACUUGGAAAUAGUUUACUUUCUUCUCUAAAAUAUACUUUGAAGGUUGAUAAGAGGAAUUCUGCAGGGAGGCCAACUAGAGGAUAUGCUUUUGUUUCUACUAGUCAAAUUGGUGGCCUCGCACCUGAUCACCGGAGCUUGCGCUUUGUGCGACAGGAAUUUGAUCUACGUUAUGCCAUUCCUCUCGGCUUUGAUCGUGCUGCCAUGAACUUUGGAGUUUCUGCUGGUGUUGUCUUGCCUUGGGGAAAUGGAUUCAUGAACAAGCCAUCGCCCCUUCCCGAACGCUUUUUCUUAGGUGGUGAUUUCUCUCCAGUAUGCACCGUCGGAGGCCCAACAACUGUAUGGGGUUUUAAGACACGUAGGAUGGGGCCAACUGAGCCGAGGCGGGAAGUGAGGGGCGAAAAUAAUCAGGGUGAAAACAGUGAUUCUCCUGGAAGGGAUUUUGUCGGAGGGGAUCUUGCUGUGACCGCGUUUGCUGAUCUUUCGUUCGACUUCCCAAUUCGCUGGUUAAGAGAACAUGGAAUCCACGGACACAUCUUUGCUGGUGCAGGAAAUCUUGCAAAGUUGACUGAGAAUGAGUUUCGCAGUUUCUCUUUUCAGAAGUUCUUGGAAACUUUCCGUACCUCAGUAGGAGCUGGGAUUGUGCUUCCAACAAGACUCUUCCGCCUAGAGGGUAACUUCUACUACAUAUUGAAGCAGCAAGAGCAUGAUCGUGGAAAAACUGGCUUUCGGUUUAGCAUAUCUGCCCCAUCAUAAACCUUGAAUUUUGGCGAGGUUUGAUAGAUAUUCAGGUUUGAUUGAAUUUGUUUCUUUUGCUCAAUGACAGUGUCCUUGCUGAGUUAUCAGUUUGGACUGGAU